AAUCAUCAACCAGCGCCGGCCGCGGCCGCCGGACCCCCCGCGCCCCCUCCAUCCCCCCCAUCCUCAUCCUCAUCCUCACCCUCAUCCCCCUCCUCCCCCCGCCGCCAUGUCCUCCGCCCCCCCGGCCAAGUGUCCCUUCAAGAAGCGGGGCAGCCUCCAGACCCCCCUCCCCGCAGAGCUGCGGGGGGGGUCGGCAGCGCGGCCCCUGCAGUCGGCCCGGUCCCUGCCCGGGACCCCCCACCUCCUGAAGCACUUCCCGGUGGAUCUGAGGACUUCCAUGGACGGCAAAUACAAGGAGAUCGCCGAGGAGCUGUUCUGCCGCUCGCUGGCAGAGAACGAGAUGCGGACGGCGCCGUACGAGUUCCCCGAGGAGAGCCCGAUCGAGCAGCUGGAGGAGCGGCGGCAGCGCCUGGAGCGCCAGAUCAGCCAGGACGUCAAACUUGAGCCCGACAUUUUGCUCAGAGCCAAACAGGACUUCCUGAAAAUUGACAGUGCCGCCGACCUACAGCUGUUCCAGGAGCAGGGCUCUGACCUGCUGGAUCACGUCCCCAAGGAGCGCGAGGCGCUGCUGGAGCGGGAAUUCCAGCGGGUCACCAUCUCCGGGGAGGAGAAGUGCGGGGUGCCCUUCACGGACCUGCUGGAUGCUGCCAAGAGCGUGGUGAAGGCGCUGCUGCUGCGCCAGAAGUACAUGGGGCUGUCGCUGCAGAGCUUCUGCCGCACCACGGCCCGGUUCCUGCGGGAAUUCUCCGGGAAAAACCCCGACAACCGCGCCCAUGACGACCCCCCCGAGACCCCCGUGGCUGCUGAUGCCCCCGUGCACCCCCCCUUUGCUGAGCGACACCCCUACGAGACGUGGGACCCCCGGGAGAUGCCCGAGGACCUGGGCUACGGGCUGCGCAUGGUGGACGGGGUCGUGCACGUCUACACCAGCCAGGACCCCACGGACAAGAGCACUGAGCUGGACCUGCCCUACCCCGACCUGCAGGAGUUCAUCGCUGACAUGAACUUCCUCAUGGCCCUCAUCAUCAACGGGCCCAUCAAAUCCUUCUGCUACCGGCGGCUGCAGUACCUGAGCAGCAAGUUCCAGAUGCACGUGCUGCUCAACGAGAUGAAGGAGCUGGCGGCCCAGAAGAAGGUUCCCCACCGGGACUUCUACAACAUCCGCAAGGUGGACACCCACAUCCACGCCUCGUCCUGCAUGAACCAGAAGCACCUCCUGCGCUUCAUCAAGAGGGCCAUGAAGAGGCACCUGGACGAGAUCGUGCACGUGGAGCAGGGCAAGGAGCAGACGCUCAAGGAGGUCUUCGAGACCAUGAACCUCACGGCCUACGACCUCAGCGUGGACACCCUGGACGUGCACGCGGACCGCAACACCUUCCACCGGUUCGACAAGUUCAACGCCAAGUACAACCCGAUCGGGGAGUCCAUCCUGCGCGAGAUCUUCAUCAAGACCGACAACCGCGUGGCCGGGAAGUACUUCGCCCACAUCAUCAAGGAGGUGAUGGCAGACCUGGAGGAGAGCAAGUACCAGAACGCGGAGCUGCGCCUCUCCAUCUACGGGCGCUCGCGGGACGAGUGGGCCAAGCUGGCGCGGUGGGCGGUGCAGCACCGCGUGCACUCCAACAACGUGCGCUGGCUCGUGCAGGUGCCGCGCCUCUUUGACGUGUACCGCACCAAGGGGCAGUUGGCCAACUUCCAGGAGAUGCUGGAGAACAUCUUCCUGCCCCUCUACGAGGCCACGCUGCACCCGGCCCAGCACCCGGAGCUGCACCUCUUCCUGGAGCACGUGGACGGGUUCGACAGCGUGGACGACGAGUCCAAGCCAGAGCAUCACAUCUUCAACCUGGACAGCCCCCUGCCCGGGCAGUGGGUGGAGGAGGACAACCCGCCCUACUCCUACUACCUGUACUACAUGUACGCCAACAUGACCGUGCUCAACCACCUGCGCAGGAAGAGGGGCUUCCACACGUUCGUGCUGCGGCCGCACUGCGGCGAGGCCGGGCCCGUCCACCACCUGGUGUCGGGGUUCAUGGUGUCCGAGAACAUCUCCCACGGGCUCCUGCUGCGCAAGGCCCCCGUGCUGCAGUACCUGUACUACCUGGCCCAGAUCGGCAUCGCCAUGUCCCCCCUGAGCAACAACAGCCUGUUCCUGAGCUACCACCGCAACCCCCUCCCCGAGUACCUGUCCCGGGGCCUCAUGGUGUCCCUGUCCACCGACGACCCCCUGCAGUUCCACUUCACCAAGGAGCCCCUGAUGGAGGAGUACAGCAUCGCCUCCCAGGUGUGGAAGCUCAGCUCCUGUGACAUGUGUGAGCUGGCCCGGAACAGUGUCCUCAUGAGCGGCUUCUCCCACAAGGUGAAGAGUUACUCGGGCCCCAACUACCAGCGGGAGGGGCGGAGGGGACCGACAUAUCCGCCGGACCAAACGUGCCCGACAUCCGCGUUGGGAUAUCGCUUCGAGACGCUGUGCCAGGAGCUCACCUGCUCACCCAGCGCUGCAGGGGGCGAGCUGGAGCCCAUCCAGGAGGAGGGGGGCAUCACCAUCGCCCUGGGCACGCACUGAGACCCCCCAGAGACCCCCAGGACCCUGCGGGACCGCCCGACACCCCCAAUAGCCCCAGGGCUCUGCCGCCGUUCCCCCACCCGGGGCACUGCAGGGGGCAGAGCUGGAGCCCA